CCUGCCGGGUGGCGCGCGCUGCCUGCCGGGAUAUUCGGCCCGCCCAGCCAGCCAUCCCGUCUUGAGCGGCGGUCGCGAGAUCCGUGUUUCUUCCAAGAUGGUGGCGCUGGGCUCCGGGUGACUUUAGGAGACAACCAGGGCCUUUUUCGCCUUCGCUAGGACUGCACGCCCUCCGCCCUGCGUUCGCUCGCGCGCCCCUGUCGCCGCGUAGCGGUGCGCCGCCUUGACGCUUCACCUUCGCCGACCCCCCCUCCCGUCCCCGGUCGCAGGCGGUGGCGCCUCCCUUGACUCCGCCUUAGAGUCGCUCGCGGCCUGGAGCCCCCCACCACCUGGGCCCCGCAGCCCCCCACUGUGGACAGACAGCGACCACAGCCGACCAGCGCCCGGUGUUGGGCGGCGCAGGCGCCCGGGUUGCCGGCCUCGGUUUCCAGCAAAGGGAACGCGGGUCCCGCAUGAGCUCCGGCGGUGGCGCCAGCGAAAGGGAACGAGGAGGUGGCGGGCGGAGGCGGCGGACGAGGGCGACGACGACCAGUGAGGCGGCCGCAGCUGCGAGGGCCGCAGCCCAGGCGCGGGGGCGACGACAGGUUAAAAAUCUGUAAGAGCCUGAUUUUAGAAUUCACCAGCUCCUCAGAAGUUUGGCGAAAUAUGAGUUAUUAAACCUACGUUCAGAUCAAGUUAGCAUCUAGACUGGUGUGGCAACCUGUUUUUAAUCAGUGACUCAAAGCUGUGAUCACCCAGAUGUCACCGAAUGGCCACAGCUUGUAAAAGAUCACCAGGAGAACCUCAGUCUGACGACAUUGAAACUAGCCGAAUUACUGAAACUCCGUACCUAUUAAACAGUAACUUGUCAUUGUCACUGCUCUGGCAACCACCAUUCUCCUUUCUAUCUGAAUUUGGCUACUUGGAUUACCUCAUGAAGCGAGCAGCUGCAAAGCAUCUAAUAGAACGCUACUACCAUCAGUUAACUGAGGGCUGUGGAAAUGAGGCCUGCACGAAUGAAUUUUGUGCUUCCUGCCCAACUUUUCUCCGUAUGGAUAACAAUGCAGCAGCUAUUAAAGCCCUUGAGCUUUAUAAGAUUAAUGCAAAACUUUGUGAUCCUCAUCCCUCCAAGAAAGGCGCAAGCUCAGCUUACCUUGAGAACUCAAAAGGUACCCCUAACAACUCUGAGAUAAAAAUGAAUAAGAAGGAAGGAAAAGGAGCUAGAAUUGAUUUUAAAGAUGUGACUUACCUAACUGAAGAGCUAGUAUAUGAAAUUCUUGAAUUAUGUAGAGAGAGAGAGGACUAUUCUCCCUUAAUCCGUGUCAUUGGAAGAGUGUUCUCUAGUGCUGAGGCAUUGGUCCAGAGUUUUCGGAAAGUUAAGCAACACACCAAGGAAGAACUGAAAUCACUUCAAGGAAAGGAUGAAGACAAGGAUGAAGAUGAAAAGGAAAAGGCUGCAUGUUCUGCUGCUGCUAUGGAUGAAGACUCAGAAGCUUCUUCCUCAAGGAUAGGUGAUAGCUCACAGGGAGACAACAAUUUACAGAAAUUGGGUCCUGAUGACGUAUCUGUGGAUGUUGAUGCUAUUAGAAGGGUUUACACCAGAUUGCUGUCCAAUGAAAAAAUAGAAACUGCCUUUCUCAAUGCACUUGUAUAUUUGUCACCUAAUGUGGAAUGUGACUUGACGUAUCAUAAUGUAUACUCCCGAGAUCCUAAUUAUCUGAAUUUGUUCAUUAUUGUAAUGGAGAAUAGAAAUCUACACAGUCCUGAAUAUCUGGAAAUGGCGUUACCAUUAUUUUGCAAAGCUAUGAGUAAGCUACCCCUUGCAGCUCAAGGAAAACUGAUUAGACUUUGGUCUAAAUACACUGCAGACCAGAUUCGGAGAAUGAUGGAAACAUUUCAGCAACUUAUUACUUAUAAAGUCAUAAGCAAUGAAUUCAACAGCCGGAAUCUAGUGAAUGAUGAUGAUGCCAUUGUUGCUGCUUCAAAAUGUUUGAAAAUGGUUUACUAUGCAAAUGUAGUGGGAGGGGAAGUGGACACAAAUCACAAUGAAGAAGAUGAUGAAGAGCCUAUUCCUGAGUCCAGUGAAUUGACACUUCAAGAGCUUUUGGGAGAGGAAAGAAGAAAUAAGAAAGGCCCUCGAGUAGACCCACUAGAAACUGAACUUGGUGUUAAAACUCUAGAUUGUCGAAAACCACUUAUCUCUUUUGAAGAGUUCAUUAAUGAACCACUGAAUGAUGUUCUAGAAAUGGAUAAAGAUUACACUUUCUUCAAAGUAGAAACAGAGAACAAAUUCUCUUUUAUGACAUGUCCCUUUAUAUUGAAUGCUGUCACAAAGAAUUUGGGAUUAUAUUAUGACAAUAGAAUUCGCAUGUACAGUGAACGAAGAAUCACUGUUCUCUACAGCUUAGUUCAAGGACAACAGUUGAAUCCAUAUUUGAGACUCAAAGUCAGACGUGACCACAUCAUAGAUGAUGCACUUGUCCGGCUAGAGAUGAUUGCUAUGGAAAAUCCUGCAGACUUGAAGAAACAGUUGUAUGUGGAAUUUGAAGGAGAACAAGGAGUGGAUGAGGGAGGUGUUUCCAAAGAAUUUUUUCAGCUGGUUGUGGAAGAAAUCUUCAAUCCAGACAUUGGUAUGUUCACAUAUGAUGAAACUACAAAAUUAUUUUGGUUUAAUCCAUCUUCUUUUGAAACGGAAGGCCAAUUUACUCUGAUUGGCAUAGUCCUGGGUCUGGCUAUUUACAACAACUGUAUAUUGGAUGUCCAUUUUCCCAUGGUUGUCUAUAGGAAGCUAAUGGGAAAAAAAGGAACUUUUCGUGACUUGGGAGACUCUCACCCAGUUCUAUAUCAGAGUUUAAAAGACUUACUGGAAUAUGAAGGGAAUGUGGAAGAUGAUAUGAUGAUCACUUUCCAGAUAUCACAGACAGAUCUUUUUGGUAAUCCAAUGAUGUAUGAUCUAAAGGAAAAUGGUGAUAAAAUUCCAAUUACAAAUGAAAACAGGAAGGAAUUUGUCAAUCUCUAUUCUGACUACAUUCUCAAUAAAUCAGUAGAAAAACAAUUCAAAGCUUUUCGCAGAGGUUUUCAUAUGGUGACCAAUGAAUCUCCCUUAAAGUACCUAUUCAGACCUGAAGAAAUUGAAUUGCUUAUAUGUGGAAGCCGGAAUCUAGAUUUCCAGGCACUGGAAGAAACUACAGAAUAUGAUGGUGGUUAUACCAAGGACACUGUUGUGAUUAGGGAGUUCUGGGAAAUCGUUCAUUCUUUUACAGAUGAACAGAAAAGACUCUUCUUACAGUUUACCACAGGCACAGACAGAGCACCUGUUGGAGGACUAGGAAAACUAAAGAUGAUUAUAGCCAAAAAUGGUCCAGACACAGAAAGGUUACCUACAUCUCAUACUUGCUUUAAUGUCCUUUUACUUCCGGAAUAUUCAAGCAAAGAAAAACUUAAAGAGAGAUUGUUGAAGGCCAUCACAUAUGCCAAAGGAUUUGGCAUGCUGUAAAACAAAAUAAAACAAAACAAAAAAGAAAAUCAAAAAAGAAAAAAAACAGAAAAAAAUUAAAAAUUUUUAAUAAAAUAUAUAAGAGGUAUAAUGUGGUGGUGAUAGUAUCCCAGUACAACAAGGCUGUAAGAUAGUGAACCACAGUAGUCAUCUAUGUCUGUGCCUCCCUUCUUUAUUGGGGACAUGUGGGCUGGAACAGCAGAUUUCAGCUACAUAUAUGAACAAAUCCUUUAUUAUUAUUAUAAUUAUUUUUUGCGUGAAAGUGUUACAUAUUCUUUCACUUGUAUGUACAGAGAGGUUUUCUGAAUAUUUAUUUUAAGGGUUAAAUCACUUUUGCUUGUGUUUAUUACUGCUUGAAGUUGAGCCUUUUUGAGUAUUUAAAAUAUAUAUACCAACAAAACUACUCUCCCAAGGAAAAUAUUGCCACCAUUUGUAGACCACGUAACCUUCAAGUAUGUGCUAUUUUUUUUUUUUUUUUGUCCCUGUAUCUAAUUCAAAUCAGGAACUGUAUUUUUUUUUUUAAACAAUUUGCUUUUGAAACUUGAAGUCUUGGAAACAGUGUGAUGCACGUACUGCUGUUCUAGCCCCCCACUAGUUUUCUGUGCAAAAUUUUGAGAAUCAAUAAAGAUGGAAGGGAGAACUUGGAA